GUGAAAAAAAAUGUGCAAGUAAGCUCGUCAGAAGUUUGUCUAGCACCCAAAAGUUUGACUAUAUCCAGCCAUAUGAAUAUCCAUAUGAAUGAAGAAUAAACGCGGAAGGAUGAAGCAAUCCCGUUGAUGACGCCAUCGUGUUUAUUCAUCUACAGGAAGGAUUUUAUAACUUCAUUUCCUAACGCUUGGGACAUGUUGCGCCAGAGUGGUAUAUGUAACCGAGCCGCUAUUGUUCCUCUUCACUUGUUACUCUGCUCACUGCAUUGACGACACGAUUUGGUGGAUUUGUUGGUUUUUUGUUUUACUUUUUAAUAUAUACCCAUAUAUAUAUAUAUGUGUUAUUCCUACUGACCAAAGCUCGCAAUAGCGUCAGAUAAUAAUGUCAAGGAAAAGUUUCUGCGCAGAGGAACAUCUGGCUGCGGCCGUGACGGCGCUGCUGCUGCUGGGCGUCAUGUCGCCUCUCAGAGCAGAGACCUCUCCAUCCUGCCAUGGAGCUUACGACCUCUACUUCGUGCUGGACAGGUCAGGAAGUGUCUCAAAAGAUUGGAUCCAGAUCUAUGAGUUUGUGAGAAAUCUUGUAGACCGAUUUGUGAGCCCCAAUAUGAAGGUUUCAUUCAUUGUUUUCUCGUCAAGCGCAGAAGUAAUUUUGCCACUCACUGGAGACAGAUCACUGAUAGAGGAAGGCCUACAGAAACUGAGUAAAGUCAUACCUGCAGGUGAUACGUACAUGCAUGAAGGAAUUAAAAUGGCAACUGAGCAAAUGAAAGAACAAACCAAAAAGUCUUCAAGCAUCAUAGUUGCUUUGACAGAUGGGAAGCUUGCUGUAUAUGUCCAUGAACUUACUGUAAAAGAGGCAGAGGUAGCAAGGCAGUAUGGAGCUCGUGUAUAUUGUGUUGGUGUUAAGGACUUUGACAAAGAUCAGCUGGCUGACGUGGCUGAUAGUAUAAAUCAAGUCUUCCCAGUCAAAGAUGGCUUUCAGGCUCUCAAAGGAAUUGUUAAUUCGAUUCUAAAGCGGUCAUGCACUGAGAUCUUAACAGUCGAGCCGUCCAGCGUUUGUGUGAAUCAGUCUUUUGACAUGGUCCUCCGGGGGAAUGGAUUUAUGCAGGGGAGAGUCCAAGAUGGAGUCCUUUGCAGCUUCCUAGUGGAUGGUCAAACUUACAUUGAGAAAUCAAGCACAGUUCGAGAUGACUAUGUGCUGUGUCCUGCGCCAAUGCUUCAGUAUGCUGGACAAAAAAUGGAAGUUCUUAUCAGCUUGAAUGGGGGCAAGUCCUUUGUUACAAGUCCCUUCACCAUCACUGCUUCAACUUGUUCGGAUGGUACCAUCGUGGCCAUUAUAUUUCUGGUGCUGUUGCUUCUCGUUGCUCUGGCUCUCAUGUGGUGGUUCUGGCCUCUCUGCUGCACUGUGGUUAUUAAGGACCCGCCUCCUCAAAGUCCUCCUCCUCCACCACCUCAACCAGAGGAGAGUCCACUUCCCAAGAAGAAAUGGCCAACUGUGGAUGCUUCUUAUUACGGAGGAAGAGGAGCCGGGGGUAUCAAACGCAUGGAGGUCCGCUGGGGUGAGAAAGGCUCAACAGAGGAGGGGGCGAGACUGGAGAUGGCCAAGAAUGCAGUGGUUUCGAUACCAGAAGAGGUGGAACAGCCGAUGAUCAAAAAGCCCAAACCAGCUGCACCUGCCUACCAUCAAUCUGAAACUAAAUGGUACACUCCGAUCAAGGGCCGUCUGGAUGCACUAUGGGCUUUGCUGCGGAGACAGUAUGACAGAGUUUCCCUCAUGCGACCCACUUCUGCAGAUAAGGGACGCUGCAUGAAUUUCAAUCGAGUCCCUCAUCACUAGACAGACUUCAAUCAUCAAAAUGCAUGGAUUGAGAAAAUAUCAGAGGCAGAAACAAUUUCAGGUGUUUUCUUUUGUUUUGUUUUUUGUUUUGAGGCAGUAUCCUUUGUCCAUUGGCCGUUGUGUUACAGCAUGAAUUAGCUUAACGAUGUUUUAAUUGAUCAUAUUGGCCAUCUAAUUACAUCUGAAACUGUUUCCUUUUCUAAAGGCUUAAACUGUGAUUUUCCCAACGUUUUAAGCUUAAUUUCUGAUAAAUUAAACAGAACAGUUUGGGCCAGAUUUGGAUAGUAUUUUUAUACACACCAAGGGCUUAUUCUGACCAUAUUGUGCCUUAUUUGGGGGAGAAAAAACCCACCUAAUUUUAAGGACACAGACGGAGGCUGCAUUAGAGGGGAAAAUAAAAAGAGGAAGUCUGUUUGCCAUUGGAGUCAAUAAUCCCAGUAGGCUUGGUGAGUGCAGAAAGUCCAGCGCCUCUUGGCAAUGUCUCACCACAAAGCCUCUCCAGUAUCGCCCAGUGCCUAGCGGGACCUCUCUGACUGCAGAUCCUGUCAUUUUAACACUGAGAAGUGCACACGCAUGACAAACUGUAGACAGA